AUGAACAUGGAAUUACAAGAUCAAUCGUUAAUCAAAGUUGAAGAUAUUAAAGUAGAACAAUUACCUAUGGAUAUAAUAAUUAAAGAAGAAACUUUUAUGGAAAACUUCGAAGAAAUUAAUGGAAUCGAUUGUAAUUUACUAAAUGAUGGAAUAAUAACUAAACAAUUGCAUACGGAUAUAAUAAUUAAACAAGAAUCAGUUGUGGGAAUUUUCGAAGAAGUUACUGUAAUUAAUAGUAAUUUAAUAAAAGAUGAAAUUGAUACUGGAGAAAACCUAUUUUCAUGUGAUGAUUGUGAUGAAAAAUUUACUCAACAAAACACUUUAGAUCAACACAAAAUAUUGCACAUUGACGAAAAACCAUUUUCAUGUGAUAUCUUUUUACAUAAGCGUAUUCAUUCUAAAAGUCCGCAAUACGCAUGCGAUCUUUGUAAAAAAGCAUUUCAUAAGCGAAAUGGUUUAGUUCUACAUAAACGUACCCAUACUGAAAAGAAAACGAACUUAAAUCAACAAAAAAGAAUACACACAGUAGAGAAACUAUUUCAAUGUGAUGUUUGUAGUAAAAAAUUUACUUGGCAAAGCCAUUUAGAAACACAUAAAGUCUUACAUAUUGAAGAAGAACCGUUUACAUGUGAUAUUUGUAAUCAAAACUUUAAACGGCAAAGAGAUUUAGAUCAACACAAAAGAAUUCACACAGAAGAAAAAACAUUCGAAUAUUAUCACAAAAGAACUCACAUUGAAGGAAAAAGUUUAACACAGCAUAAACACUUUCACAUUGACGAAAACUUAUCUCAUGACACUGAAGAAAAAUCAUCAUUUCCAUGUGAUAUUGGUGAUAAAACAUUUUCUGGCAGUUUAAUUAAACAAAACGAUAAUCACAGAACAGAAUUUUCAUGUGAUGUUUGUGAUAAAACUUUUACAAAUGCUAUUCCUUUAGCUUUACACAAACGAUUUCAUAAAAUGCUUGGCUAA